AUGGGCUGCUCUCACUUCACUUUCAGGGAUCUCUUGCUGUCUGAUGGUUAUCUGCAGUCUGGAUGCCGUCAUAUAUAGCCAUGUCUCUUAGUAGAGCAUGCAUGCCUCCCCGUUUCACUUUCCUUUCACCUGCAGCGCUCGCGCUCUAGACAGCUGCGAUGGAUCAAACCUGGCACCCGGCUGUCCAGGUCGUCAUUAAUGGCCCUUCCCAGGCGCCGGUCCACAGUUCAAAUGGGCCAUCUCAGCGUCUGGGGAGGCCGCUCCCCGUGGAUGAGGCGUUGAAAUACUCUCCUAUGUCCAGUGCCCCAGUAUUCGGUCUAGACUCCAUCCUCCGUCCUGACGUUGGUCGAUCGUCGAGUACUGCACCGAUAAACCAUAUCAUCCAAGCCGGACGCACUGUGAUGAAUGAUCUGGACUCCGAGAUUCGUUCAGGGAAGGAGGAGUCGGCCCGCCUGGAGACUUCACGUGAAUACCUGCAGCAGUUGCUCCAUGGAGACCAGUUGACAGAAUUCAAGUUUAAAGCUCCCACUGGAGGAAAGAAUAUCGGCGCCCAUCGCUCUAACUCUUCUAUACCCGACGGCCCGCUCUCGGACCGAAAAGACCUGGCUCCUUUCGCGAAGAUGAUGUUGGAAUCAACUGAUAUUGCGUUUCGAUAUUCUACACCUACGAAUGCGAAAUCGCAAUCUCAGCGGGCCGCAUUCUCUCAUCAGCCUACAAUAUCCGUCAACCAGCCCCCGUCCCAGUAUCAUAAGACUCCCCAGUUUCAGAGCCAACCUGAGGUUGUCAUACCUGUCAAACCUGUAUACAUUCAUUCGAAUACACCUGGUAGCCCCAAAAGACGGAAACUGAACGGCGAAGGGGAGGAAGGUCUGGUAACACUUCGACUGAAAGCCCAGAAGGAGGAGGCAGAUGCUGCAUUAUUGAAAUUACAGGAUCUGCUCCAUGAGGUGUUUGAGGCUGAGGAUAAGUUGGAGCCUGACACCUCUGCUGCCCCGACGAAUUCGGAAUCGUUUAAUUCUCUAUUCACUGGGGCUAAUGCCCUGGAGACGAAUGGCCUAAUUCUUUCGUCCGAUGCGCACACCCAUUUACAGAAGGCGAUGAAGAAGGUCGCGUCUUUCAAGAGGCUUCAGGACAUUCCCUCGGACUACUUCAAUCGCAUCCAGAAGCUUUGUGAAAGGUGCAUAAUGCCUGCACAAACACCCGACUUGAAACUGGAUGAUCCUUCAAACGAAACCGAGUGCCAAGAAUGGUUAAGGAAAUUGGAUGAUAUGUUCAACUCGCUGCUGGCGAUUAGUACCCUACUCCUGACUAUGUCUGGUCGACAGACGGAGCGUGGCCUUUGCCCAGAAGAUCUUAUCGAAGCAAUCCCUACCGUCUUGAAUCAAACCUUCGACAAUUGCAUCAUUCCCGCAGUCGAGUCACGCCCUGGUGGCAAAGAUGCGCAGUACUUUCAAUUAUUUGCGGCUCAGAAACGGACUAUCGGGAACCUCAUCCACCAGAGCAAAAAAGCGCUCACCCUUUUCGCUGAUUUCAUAUCUCGAAUCGACAUCUCUGAGGGCACCAUUACCGCCAUCGAGUUCUUUGCUGCGAAACUUAUUUUUGUCGAAAAUUCUCACAACGAUAAGGACUCGGCCGUGGGAUAUCAGAAGUAUGAAUCGCUGCGGCGCAGUGCGAUGGACAUACUCGCCAAAAUAUUUUCAAAAUACCCUGUCCAACGGCCGUUUAUUCUUGAUGAGAUCCUUGUAUCAUUAGAGAAAUUGCCAUCGACUCGCCAGAGUGCGAGACAGUUCAAACUUGUCGACGGCAAGAAUAUACAACUUCUGACAGCCUUGGUCUUGCAACUUGUGCAGACCACUGCCUUGGAAGCACCAAGCUCCCGGACAUUUAAAUCAAAGAGACAAUUAGCAGCCCCGGUUGACGAAAACGGGAGCGAGGAUGAGGACGACGAACUUCUCGGUGACGGCAAAGGUCAGGAUUACAGUGAGUCUGAUGAAGAGCUUUCUCCAUCGGAAGCCUCUCUGGAGCGUCUCGCCACCAAGGUCAACCGGCUGUAUGACAACGCCGUUCGCAGCGCACAGUACAUUGUGAAGUUCAUCGUUCAACGCGCCAUGACCUCGACCAAGACUGGAGACCAACCAUACCGAAACAUACUCGAUCUAUUCACCGAGGAUCUGAUCAAUGUUCUUGGUUCGACCGACUGGCCAGGAGCAGAGUUGCUACUACGGAUUCUGGCUUCUCAUAUGAUUGGUAUUGCCGACCUUGACAAGAGUCCGGCCACCGCAAAAAGCAUGGCCCUUGAGCUUCUUGGCUGGAUGGGCUCUGCUAUUUCAGACCUUGCAGUAACGGCACAACACUUGAUUCCUGCUAUGGAAGAGUCUGACAGCGACCUCACUGAAUAUUUGAGACAGCUAUUUGAUGACCAUUCAAGGCGGGCCCUCCAUGCCCAGGACCUCAUCGUCCCGAACGGUCCAUAUCGCGUUACUCUUGAGUAUCUCUUACAAGAUCGAAGCUCAGACAAUUGGCAACUUACUAGCGCUCGAGGCUACUAUCUCGCCCAGUGGGCGAAGACAAUUUGCUCCAUGUAUUACAAUGCAGACGAUAAGGAUGAAAUUGCACCGGACAGCAAUGCAGAUGAACUCGUUGAUCUUCUCACUAACAUGUUUUCGGAUUCCAGAUGGCUAGAGACUCAUAAAAACUUUAACCUAGUCUCCAACCCUCAUGGUAGAUUCGCCUACAUACUCACGGUGUUGAAUAUGAGCUUUUGCAAAGCGUUUGAUACCAUCCUCAAGGUCCUGCUAAAUUCGAUCACAAGUGAUCAGGCGAAGGUACGCAGUCGCAGCUUGAAGAGCGUCAUCUAUAUGCUCGAGAAGGACCCCAGCCUUCUCGAUCGAGAUGCCUCAGUCAUGCGAGUUAUCCUUCGUUGUGCCACUGAUGCAUCGCCUAUGGUUCGCGACUCCGCAUUGUCUUUGAUUGCCAAAUGCAUAGUCCUAAAACCCGGUCUUGAAGAAGAGGGAUGCUGGAGUAUCCUUGCUUGUGCCGCUGAUCCCACAGCCGGUGUGAGGAAGCGAUGCAUGGCCCUGCUGAAGGAUAUUUAUUUGAGGACAUCACGGACCGAAUUGAGACUUGCCAUUCUGGAUAGCUUCCUCCAACGCACCGGUGAUACCGAAGACAGUGUUGCAACCAUAGCCCGUCAAACAUUCGAAGAAAUAUGGCUUGCCCCAUUCUACGAGUCCAUCGAUUCGGUGCAGGACGGACCGAGACUCAAGGUAGCGCUUGGGGAACAGGUAGAUUUACUAGUCAAGCUUGUACAACGGAGUGAACCUGCUCUUGAAACCCUUGGUGCUUCACUGAAAACAGUCUUGUCAAGCAAGUCCAAGUCUGCCUCAUCGAACUUCAAAGUCUGCAAGGCUAUGGUCUCGAUGAUGUUUGAAAAGCUAGUGGAAGAUACAGGCGCUCUUGGAAAAGAGCAUCAGCAGGCUCUCUUGCAGACUAUAACUGUUUUUGCAAAGGCAAAUGCAAAAACGUUUAGUCCAGACCAACUAGAGGCCCUCCAUCCAUACAUCGGGCAUCUUGUGACUGCCGAUGACCUGUUCAUCUUCCGCUCUGUGGUUGUGAUCUACAGUUGCGUUCUGCCAUAUCUCUCAUCCUCUCACAAUACGCUCUUGAAGGAGGUCCAAAAUGACCUAUUCAAAAGCGUUGCCAAACUCGGCCGUUCGGAGCUGAACGAAGUCAUGGCGUGUUUGUGGACCAUCAACGGUGUACUGCAGAAUACAGAGAGGUUGGUGAAGCUCACGAUCUCUGUAUUGAAAGGGAUCCAGCAAACCAGGAACGUCGAUCUUUCGGACGCUGCCAAAUCCGAUGUCUUAGCCCGGGCUAGAAGCUACAUCCGCAUUGCAGGCUGCGUGGGGAAACACUGUGACCUUGAGAAGUAUGAGCCUCACUUCAAAGCUGCGUUUCCGGCGUGGAAGGGUGGAUCUGUGGCCGGAUUGAUGGUUGAUGCUAUCAUUCCCUUCACACUCCCAAAACAGCCUCUCGAACUGAGGAUUAUGGCGCUUGAGAGCCUUGGCUCCAUCUGUCAGUCCUGGCCGGCUCAGUUUGGCCGAGAGGAAUCGAGGCGUGUCCUGUCGUUGGUCUUUGAAGAGGAUAAUGCCAACCUGCAGAACAUCGUCCUCAAGGCCUUCGCUGAAUUCUUUGCGAUGCAUGAGGGCAAGUCGGAGAAGUCCAUCUUGUCUGCUGCUGAACUAGAAGCCCAAGAAAACACCACUCGAUUGGGUGGAUCACUUAAGGCCAGCGACAACGAUGGAGCCGCUGCUCUGAUCGCCCAACAUUUCCUUCGGAACAUGCUUCGGGUCGCACAGUCGCGACAGGAUGCAUAUGCAUUGACUGCCAUCGAGCUGAUUGCUAGCAUCAACCGACAAGGUCUCGUCCAUCCAAAGGAGUGCGCAGGUGUCCUUGUUUCGCUGGAGACAUCGACUGUCGCCUCCAUCGCCAAGGUUGCUUUUGACACACACAAAAUGUUGCACCAGCAGUACGAAUCCAUGUUUGAACGGGAAUACAUGCGGGCUGUGCAGGAGGCAUUCCAAUACCAGCGAGACAUAGUGGGUGAUUCCAAUGGCGCUCUUACUAGGCCAUACACUGCGAAGCUAGGACCUCUGUUUGAAAUCAUCAAGACCAGCAACAGUCGAUACCAGAAGAAGUUCUUGUCGAAUCUUUGUUCCAAGGUCAAUUUUGAACUGAGAGAUCUCGACGUAUCCGGCAGCCCGCCGGAGCAUCUACUACUCUCCAGAUUUGUGUCUCAAAAUCUUGCUUUCCUCGACUAUGGACAGUUGACAGAGCUUCAUGCCACAAUUGGGUUUAUGGAGCGAAUUGUGUCUUCCACUGGAACGGUUGUUGCCCACGCUAUCGAAACUGAUAUCUUUCCUUCCAGGAUUGAAGUGCCUGGAGAACCGGUCCAGUUCAUGGUUCCCACGCCUGAUCCGUCGGGAAACCCUCAGUUCUUACAGCCACCUCCUCAGAAUCUUCGAGUGCUCGCCACUGCGGCAGCAUCACUUUCGAUGCUGUGGGAGGCUCGAUCCUAUCUUCGCCGUCUGUACGGUGUGAGCACCCAUAUCCGAAACAAAGACGGCAAGGGCACAGCGAAGGAGCUGAACAAGGCGCCCACCAAGGUCCAUGGUAUCACUGGCGACAAGUUCUGGGAGUCCAUUGUGAGAAACAUGACCACCCUUGACACCCAGGAGAAUAUGAUUGCAAAGUGUCGCGAGUUUGCUACUCUCCUCGCCAUCGACGACGAGUUCAAGGUGUCUGAAGAGGACGCUGACGGCGACCUCGAUGCGCCAGGAGAUGUCGACGACAUGGGAACGCCGCUCGGCGCUAGCAAUGGCAAUCGCCCUGCAAAACGAAAGAAUUCCUUCUCAGGAUCCGUCACUCUGAAACGGCCUCGAGGCAGGAAGCCAUCUGUUGGGAGGCGCCGGACCAGUUCUGAACCCGAUGACGAACUGGCUUGGCAAUGAAAAACCCCCUCCCCCCACGGUUGAAGCCCAGCGCAAAGAUCUUUAUUCCAUCUCUUAAAUAAAUAGUUCUAAUCUCCUUAGCCAUUUCUACUGGCAGAGGUUUCUUGCUGGCACGACCACCGCCCUCUUAGUCGUUGCUUACAAUUUACACGGGCGCUGGGAAGGAAGAUACUUCUCAUUCGUGCAAUUCUAAUGGAUUACGAAAAGACUAGAGAAUAUACUUAACUGCUAAUAAGACUUGCUGCCUUGUGC